AUGUUCAUGGCAAGAUCAGAAUACGAUCGGGGCAUCAACACCUUCUCCCCAGAAGGCCGCCUCUUCCAAGUCGAAUACUCUCUCGAAGCCAUCAAGCUAGGCUCUACGGCCAUCGGCGUAGCCACCUCAGAAGGUGUCAUCCUCGGUGUCGAGAAGAGGGUGACCUCGACGCUCCUCGAAACCUCAUCCGUCGAGAAGAUUGUGGAGAUUGACCGCCACAUCGGCUGCGCCAUGUCCGGACUGCAGGCCGAUGCUCGCUCCAUGGUCGAGCACGCCCGAGUCGAAUGCCAGAGCCACGCCUUCAACUACAACGAGCCCCUGGGCGUUGAGAGCUGCACGCAGGCCAUUUGCGAUCUUGCCUUGCGAUUCGGUGAGGGUGCUGAUGGAGAGGAAACCAUCAUGAGCAGGCCCUUUGGUGUAGCUCUGCUGAUUGCUGGUUUUGAUGAGCAAGGGCCUCAGUUGUUCCACGCCGAGCCAAGCGGAACGUUCUAUCGCUAUGAUGCCAAGGCUAUUGGCUCGGGGUCAGAGGGUGCUCAAGCAGAACUACAGAAUGAAUACCACAAGUCCCUCACAAUCACAGAUGCCGAAACCUUGGUCCUAAAGACAUUGAAGCAAGUUAUGGAGGAAAAACUAGAUGCCAAGAACGUUCAGUUGGCCAGUGUUACCAAGGAAAAGGGCUUUAGAAUAUAUACCGAUGAGGAGAUGGCGGCCGUUGUAGAGAGGCUCCCUGCCAACUAA